ACUUUCAGUUUACAGUUAGCCAGCGGCAGCGUCGGUUGCAAACGUUUCAAGCACGCACGAGCUUUUCAAUAUACAAAACAGCAAAUAAAUAAAUAAAGUGCCUACAAAAUUAAUAAAACAAAAAUUUGUGCAUAAGCAAAUUAAUAUAUUUUAUAGUAGAAAUUGCAAUUUAACAAAAUGUGCCACAGUUGGAAACGCUGCUCACUCAUUUUAUUGCUGCUGCAAUUGCUCUGCUAUAUAUCAAAAGGCAGCUCCAUACAAUGCUUCGUUUGCGACUCCAGCGAUAAUCCCGGCUGUGCUGAUCUCAGCGCCAAUGGCAGCAUUGUGCCCGAGAACUGCACGCUGGCCAAAAUGAAGUCACUGGACACAUGGCUAUUCGACUUGAACAAGUUCUCGUACUUUGACAAUGGGGCCAACAAGGUGCCGCUUAUGAAUUGCCAAAAGGUCGUAGCCAGAGAUCCUGAUUCCAGAAAAUUGGUCACGGCACGCUUCUGCCAGCUGGACACGGGCGAUUCGGAUGCGUGCGAAAUUUUGCGCACCAAGCUGCACAUAAGCAACGAUGGACAACGUCAGGGGCAGCGCCAGCGUGAGCGAGAGCGACGCAAGGGCUAUGGCCAGGAGGCAGCUGAGCCGGAGUCGGAGGAGGAUGAAUUCUUCUGUGGCAUUUGCAAGGAGGAUCGCUGCAAUAGCGCAGCAACUGCUAAGCUAGCAUUGAGUUCAUUUGUGGGUUUGUUGUUGCUGCUGCUGCUGCGCUGCUGAAGCGCUGUGUGGCAUGUUGCAAGCACUGACUGCAACAUUGUUUGCAUUUAGUUUGAGUUACACGUUAACGUUUAACGUUUUACUGUUUACUUUGUAAAUAUUCGAGUGGCCAUUGAGCGACAGAAAAAUGAAAAUACUAAAGCGAAUACUGAAACCUCCGCGACCAGCAACAGCAACAACACACCCUAACCCAAGCCACCAAUAAAGCAUUAAAAACAACAAGAGGAAAAAAAGCAAAGCUCUAGAUAUAAGUUACAGCAAACACACACACACACACACACACACAUACACAUAUUUACUGUUAUGCACAGUGGCAAUCGCUUUGAGUGUAAGCAAAUAUGCGAAUUUCAAUUAGCAAGGCUUAAACCAAUUAGCAAUUGGUCUAUAGCAAAAGUUAAUGGCAAUUAAUUAGGCAGCGAGUGCAAGCAACGAGUAAGUCUCGUUGUUUAGUAUUUACUAAAUAAUGGCUUUAUUAAGUUAAUCUAAUUAAUUGUUUGCCUUAAGCAAAUAUGAAAAUAAUAAAUCACCAAAUGCCUUUAAUUAUAUUUUUUAUUUACAAUAGUUAAUAUACAGUAAACGCUCGCAAAUAA